UCCUUUGCUAUUAAUAUAUCGGUACUCUAAUCCCUUUAAUACUAUCCCAGAAGCUUUACUUCUAUUGUUUCUUCACUAAAUUCCUAUUGGCAACGUCGUUCCCUAUGGCUGACUCUGAACAUUCUUCUUCUGAUGAAACUUUUGUGUACUCGAGAGAGGAAACAAGUAAGGAAUCAAAGCUUGCAUUCUCUGAGGAUGAGGAGACACUUAUAAUUAGGAUGUUUAAUCUAGUUGGAGAGAGGUGGUCUUUGAUUGCUGGAAGGAUUCCUGGAAGAACAGCUGAGGAAAUAGAGAAGUACUGGAACACUAGAUACUCUACAAGUGAAUGAAGCUGUAAAAGCAUGAGUUCUGCUUUCUUUACCUCUGCUAGAGCAAGUUCUGGGUCUGUCAUUCAUAAGCAGAAGAUGAUGGGCUAAGUUGAGUCUAGCUGUUCUGUAGCUAUGCUGUGUUUCAUGCAACUGUUGUCUUUGAUUGCUGAAGGAACUGCAAUCAUUUAGUAGUUGCUAUUAGAUUAGUGUCCAUUGUGAAUAUCACCAAGUUUCUAUGCUUCCCUUUAAUUUUUUUUUAACUGUUUCUAUGUUUUUCUUGUGCAUCGGUAAGUUUUGAUGUACCAUAUCUUGUUACAAGAAGUGGCUUGAUUCAUUGGCCAUUUCUUGAUUUUCAGCUAAGACUUUACUCCUCCCCUGUUCUUGUUCAAAA